UAAUAGGCCGAGCCCGGCGGCACCAGCGCUUAUUUACAGCGGCGCGGAGGCAAGGUCGGGGUGUUUGUGUCAGUGUCGGUGUCGGAGAGACUGUCCCGGGUUCGUGGAGCGGAGAUGGCUGCCCUGAUUAUCCUCGCUGUCCUGUGUCUGUCACCAGUUCUGGUCCGUCCUCAGAAGAAGAUAUCGUGUCCUCAAGAUAUUGAGACUGUGUGCAAGGACCUGAAGACUGCCAUGGAGUGUGGCUCAUUAAUGAAGUGUAUGGAUACCAAAUGGACCGAAUCAGAAGGGGAGUUCAACGCAUGUACCAUGUGUAAGGAGCUGGCCGCAGCGGUCGACAAGGUGGUGGAGAAAAAGUCUGUGCAAGAUGAUUUCAAAGGUGUCUUAUUGAAAAUCUGCUCCAUGAUCCCAUCCAAGCCGUUAUCUGACAAGUGUGUGACUUAUGUCGAAGCUUUCCUUCCCUUGGUAAUUCAAUUCAUGAAGAAUGAACUGAACAAUCCUGCGCAAUUGUGUGCUGCUCUGUGUGUCGCCGUGCCGACAGACGAUGAGGAAGUAGAGGAAUCCAAUGCCGUCCGUGAGCUUGAACCGAGCCACAACAUCUAUCUUCGGCAACAGACAGGAAUAAAGCGGGAGGUGGAAUAUCUGCCCCCGUGUGAGUUAUGUCUGCUUGUUUUGAAAGAACUGGAGAAAAUUCUUCCAACGGAACGGACCAAGGAUCUCAUCCUCAAAGAGCUUAAUAACAUUUGCAGUAUCGUGCCCAAAAAAUAUUCUGAAAAGUGCAAAGAGCUUGUAAAAGAUGAAGGCGCAAUGAUCAUUGAUAUGAUUCUCAAUCAACUUGGGCCCAAUGCUAUCUGCUUUGGUCUUAAACUCUGCUUCGUCGAUUCUUCAGCUGAACUGACUGACGAACUGGGUAGACCAACUUGUGACAUCUGUGAAAAAAUGGCGAACCAUCUCUCCCUUGGUCAGAAGAGUGGCACAGACAUGAUGAAAACCUGCAGCUCAUGGUCAGGGGCAACCUUCCUCUUGUGUGAAGACUUUGCUUAUGCUUUCAAACCCCAGCUCGAAAUGAUGCUUCCCAAGUCCGACAAAUCAAAGGACAUUUGUAAGGACCUUGGGCUCUGUGUAAGACUGAUAACAGAAAGACAGCUUGGAGAAAAUGAUUGUACCUGGGGACCAAGACACUGGUGCUCGGAUAAAGCAAUCGCUGCUCGCUGCAAAAGUACUGAAUACUGUGAGGAAAGCGGCUGGUUAUAAAACUAAUUCAGCAUCUCUGGCAGAAGACUGCAGCAAAUUUAAUAAAAAUCAAAGGUGAUUCCAUUUCAGGAUCAGUUAAAUGAUGAUUCGGGCUGUGUGCGUGUGUAUUUUGAAGCAGUUUUGUGUCGCUAUAGCUUCUGCUUAAUUCUAAAUUCAGCACACUCCCUUUAAUUGAAGUGUCCAACUGAAACAAAUUCUCUUUUUUCCUUCCAACUAAUCAUUUCUGGAUGCUGCAUAUGUAGGUAGAGCUUUUGUCUAACACGGAUUGAUAGAAAGUAAUGAUUUCCUAAGCAACUGCUGAAAUGUAACAUUUUAAAAGGAAAGGAUUGGUGAUUGGGUAAACGUCAGUGUAUUGUGCAUGGAAGAGAUGAUACGACUCUAAUCCUACAAUCUCACUGUACAAGAUACAACAGGGUGACAAUCCUUGGGAGCAAAGCAAUUUCACAGAGAUUUGGUGAGUUCAGAGGCCUAAAACAGGGAAGCUAUUUCCAACCGUGGCUGGUUCAAUGAGGGGGAACAACGGCAGGUGGGGGAGGUGCGGCUGAUGGGAUUGCAAAACCAAGAGCCAGUAUACAUUUUGAUGGGCUAAAUGGCCUCCUGUGCUGUAUUUUAAAUCUGUAAAGGAAUUUCCUGAUGUGUGGGAAACAACUGUUGCUCUCAACAAUUGAAUGAAGUUUAAACUGUUAAUAUCUUGAUGUUAAGUUUGAGGUGAAAUGUUAAUGUUCAAUAAAGCACUUUGCAGAAAUUAAA